AUGACUUCUGCACGAAUGACGGACAAGGAGCUCUUUGAGCUCAACAAGUCUGCUGUGACUCAGGACUUCCGAAUCACCCCCCGACUCUCUUACAACACCGUUGGCGGUGUUAACGGUCCCCUUGUCAUUCUUGACAACGUCAAGUUCCCCCGUUACAACGAAAUUGUCAACCUGACUCUUCCUGACGGUUCCGAGCGAGCCGGUCAGGUACUGGAAGUCCGAGGCUCCCGAGCCAUUGUCCAGGUCUUUGAGGGUACCUCUGGUAUUGAUGUCAAGAAGACGAAGGUCGAGUUUACCGGAGAGAACCUGAAAAUUGCCGUGUCCGAGGAUGUGCUGGGACGAGUCUUUGACGGUUCCGCCCGACCUAUCGACAACGGCCCCAAGGUAUUUGCCGAAGACUACCUCGAUAUUAACGGCUCCCCCAUCAACCCCUACUCUCGAAUCUACCCCGAGGAAAUGAUUUCCACUGGUAUCUCCACCAUCGACACCAUGAACUCCAUUGCCCGUGGCCAGAAGAUUCCCAUUUUCUCCGCCUCUGGUCUGCCACACAACGAAAUCGCCGCCCAGAUUUGUCGACAGGCCGGUCUGGUCCGACCCACCAAGGAUGUCCAUGACGGACACGAGGAGAACUUCUCUAUCGUCUUCGCCGCCAUGGGUGUCAACCUGGAAACCUCACGAUUCUUCAAGCAGGAUUUCGAGGCCUCCGGUGCCCUGGAGCGAACCUCCCUGUUCCUCAACUUGGCCAAUGACCCCACCAUUGAGCGAAUCAUUACUCCCCGACUGGCCCUCACCACCGCCGAGUACCUGGCCUACCAGACCGAGCGACACGUUCUCACCAUUCUUACCGAUAUGUCUUCGUACGCCGACGCCCUGCGAGAGGUUUCUGCCGCCCGGGAAGAGGUGCCCGGUCGACGAGGUUACCCCGGUUACAUGUACACUGAUUUGUCCACUAUCUACGAGCGAGCUGGCCGAGUCGAGGGCCGAAACGGUUCCAUCACCCAGGUGCCCAUUCUCACCAUGCCUAACGAUGAUAUCACUCAUCCUAUUCCCGAUCUUACCGGUUACAUCACUGAGGGCCAGAUCUCUGUCGACCGACAGCUCUACAACCGAGGUAUCUACCCUCCCAUCAACGUUCUUCCCUCUCUGUCUCGUCUCAUGAAGUCGGCCAUUGGUGAGGGCCGAACCAGAAAGGACCACGGUGAUGUGUCUAACCAGCUGUACGCCAAGUACGCCAUUGGUAAGGAUGCCGCUGCCAUGAAGGCCGUUGUCGGUGAGGAGGCUCUGUCUACCGAAGACAAACUGUCUCUGGAGUUCCUGGACAAGUUUGAGAAGCAGUUUGUGUCCCAGGGCCCCUACGAGGACCGAUCCAUCUUCGAGUCCCUUGACCUUGCAUGGGAGCUUCUGCGAAUCUACCCCAAGGAGAUGCUCAACCGAAUCUCUCCUAAGAUCAUCGAUGAGUUCUACGACCGAGAGUCCGACGAGUUUGCCGGCAAGGAUACCGAGGAGAUUAUUGAAACCGAGAAUCUCAUUGAUGCCUAA